CCCAGUAUCCCACUUCCUCCUCCCCCCCUCCCCAAUAGCCUAUUCGUUCGCUCCGCCACCGCCGCUGCGCUGCCGUCUCACCGCCGCUCGUAUUGCUCCCCGCGAGACCCCCACCACAAGCAAUGCAGCCUAGUCCCGGCUUGUCUCAGGCGGCGCCGCUGCCGCCGGCGGUCGCGGCGGAGCUUGCGCGGCUCGAGCGGAGGCUGAGGCAGGUCGCCGAAGAACCGGCGCUCCGCGAGCUCGGGGCGCUCGGGGAAGCACCCGCAGUUCGCGUCCUGCGGAGGAUCGGGAGCUCCCAGCGGGAGGUGAGGACGCUCACCGGCUAUAUCAUCACGCUUGCCAGGCAGGAGGCGUUCGCACUCAACGCGCAGGCCGUCCCCACCACCGAGAGCGCCGCCUGCAGCUCCUCCUCUCCUUGCCUCAGAGAUGAAUCUGUACAUGGGCUGCAGUAUCACAACGACGUCCAAAUGGAAGAAAUUACUUCGGACCUCGCAAACCAUUGUAUGGUGAUGGACGAGAGUCAAGGUCAGGAGGGAUCUCCGGUGAUGAUGGCAGUUGACAACCCAUCUGAUUGCAUCUCCCAAAGGGAUUUGAACCAUGAUUGCAUUGAAGUUGAUAAUGUUGUCCCAGGAAUGGCUUCUCAGGCAAACCAGAUGCUUACGCAUUAUGGUGACAGCAUCCAAAAAUUGAUUUCUAUUGUACCUCAUGGUGUUAUCAUGCUGGCUGAAAGUCUUGGAAAUGGCAGAGCAUCUGAGAUGUGGAACCAUCUUCAGACUGGUAGCCCCAAGCACGAGAUGGUUCCUACACAUCCAAGAAGUGAAUCUGCCUCAAGCCACUUGCAGCAUGUUUUAACAUGUCUUCAGAGAGGUGGACCCUUAGGAACUCAUUUGGGCCCAGAGUGUGCAAUAAUGCUGCCAAAACCGGUGCCGAAUGUUGUCGCACGAAAAGCAUUCAGGGAGACAGCCAUCCCUCAAAUAACAGUAAAUGAAUUAAGGAAGACGGCAAGCCCGCAGAUGUGCGCGCUGGAGGAUUUGGAGUUCAUCAGGAGUUUUUUGAUACUCUCUUAUCUCUGUCAGAAUAAAAUGGAAGAUGAAACUGUAUUAACCGUGGACUAUAUUAAAUCAUUGAAGCUCCUGUCCAUUGCUCAUUUUGAGUCGGAAAUUUGGAGCAGCUUUGGUCGGAAGAAUUUUCAGGCAUCCAAUAGACCUGCAUCAGAUAGGCCAAAGAAUCUUGAUUCGGAUCCAAGUAAAACAAAAGUAUACCGUUGUGAGAUUGAGAUAAGAGGGGAUUCCAUAUUCCUUGUUUUGAAGGGACCAUAUAUGGAUAAUAAGAGGACUCACCUUCAAAAAGUUCUUGGUGAUGAUAAUGUUCUUGUAGUAAAGUUUAUGGUUCCUUCAGACAAUAACGCUGAUUUCUACCGCCAACAGUACCAUAAGAUUGUUGAAGAUGGUAUUGUUUUGGGUCUGCGGCUAUAUCGUUUUUUCGCUUACAAGGAUGGAAAAAAAGGGAAGAAAAAUAAAGACGAUGAACAAGGUGAAAUCAAGAAAUGCACUUCACCUGAUAGCUACUACUUUGUUUGCACUGACUCGGAGGAUGAGAGUUAUAUUCUGUCCCACAAAACUGUUGAUCAGUGUCGCAAACUGUUCAUGCAUAUCCAUACCGCUCCCACUUUGGGAAAUUAUAUGAAAAGGUUUUCUUUGAUACUAUCCAAAACUGAAACACUGGACGUUGAUUUAUCAACAGUUCAUGUUAUACUGAUUGAUGAUGAACCCUGCCGGGACGAACAUGGGAAAAUUGAUACUACAGAUGGGAAGAUCCACACUGAUGGUACUGGUUUCAUAUCUGAAAAUUUGGCUAAGAAAUGCCCAAACAGAAUUAUCAAGGGAAAGAAGUCAAAAGAUUAUAUGCAUCGAGGUGAAACAAUGCCUCUUCUCAUGCAGGUCCGUCUUUUUUAUAAUGGAUAUGCUGUAAAAGGAACUCUGCUAGUUGACAAAAGGCUUCAAGAUAAUGCUAUUGUUGUCCGACCAUCAAUGGUAAAAGUAAAAGCUGAUCCAAAGUUGUCCGGGAUGCAGUCUCUCAGUUCCUUGGAAAUAGUUUCCACAAGCCAUCAAUCUGGUAGGACAUCAACAUCAAGGUCCUUGAUUUCACUGCUUCGCUGUGCUGGUGUUGAGGCGGAAUAUUUUAUGGAACUUCUACAUAAUGCAAUUGAAGGGGUUGCAAAUGCUCGUUAUGAUUUCAGACAUGCACUAAAGCUUGCAUCUAGAUAUGCUAAUAUGGAGGAUUCAAUGUUGGAACUAAUGAUUCAUUCCGGAAUUCCAUUAGAAGAGCCACACUUGCUAUCUAGGCUUAAUUUCAUAGCCAAACAGGAAAUGAAAGGAUUCAGAGAAGGAAAGCUACCUAUUGAAGAAUGCUAUAAUUUGAUGGGUUCAACAGAUCCUACAGGAACGUUGAAACCAAAUGAAGUUUGCGUGAUACUUGACAGUGGCCAAUACUCUGGAGAUGUGCUUGUGUUUAAAUAUCCUGGCCUCCAUUUUGGUGAUAUACACGCCUUAACUGCAAAACAAAUUAGUGGACUGGAGAAGAAUUUUGUUGGGUAUUCAAAAAAUGCAAUACUUUUUCCUAUUUCUGGGAAACGAUCAUUGGCUGAUGAGAUGGCCAACAGUGAUUUUGAUGGUGAUGAGUACUGGAUCUCAAGAAAUCACAUGUUACUAAAGGGCUUCAAGAAGCAAAGUGAACCUUGGGUUCCACUAUUCAAACCUGAGGAGACCCAGCAGAGGCCUAAGGGACCCUUGGAUUUUAAUGGAUCAGUUCUUGAAAGAUUACUAUUUAAUGAAUGCUUGACAGCUACGUUUAUACCCAAUUAUGCACUUGGUAUAUCGUCUGAUUGUUGGUUAGCAUAUAUGGAUCGGUUCAUAACAGAAGAAGUUGAUGAAGGCGAAAAGGAAUCAAUUGCGAAGAAGAUGAUUAAAUUAGUUAACCUUUAUUAUUGGGCUCUAGAUGGUAACAAGGUAAAAGUUGAUCGUGAUCUGAGGGUAGAAGCAUAUCCGCACUUCAUGGAGAAAAAAGGAUUUAAAUCUUACCAUUCAACAUCUAUACUAGGCAGAAUCUAUGAUGAGACUGAGAAAGCAAUAUCGCAACAAUCUGAGAAUGACAAACAAAUUCAGAUAACGAUGCUGCCAUGCUUCACUGAGGUGGAGGCAACCCCAAAAUGCGAAUCCUUAUGGGAGGACCGCUACCAAGAGUACUUGAGAAAGAGUAGGGAACUUAUUAAUCUGGAUAAAGAAGAAAAGGACGAUGAGUUUCAAAAACUCUACCAGUACUAUAAACGUUUGCUCUAUUGUGCUGAUGAAUUCGAAGAAACCCAGCGGGACCACUUCGAGGUGUUCAUGGAGGCCUGUGCAAUCUACCGGAUCGUCUACGAGCGCGCAAGGACUACCAAGAGCAUCGGCAAGUGCCGCUUCGUGUGGACAGUCGCCGGAGCUGCGCUGUGCCAUCUCCACGCAAAGAAGUACGCGAUGCAGCGUGGGGAAAAAGCCGCACUCUGCCCGAUUUCUGUUAUCCGCCAACUUUACUGAAGGGACCGAGUGACUGGCUGUGAAUUGGACUGCUACCCUGUUUGUACAAAUAAGGAUCAGUUGUAGGAGCCGAUGUGACGCAUGGACGUCUGAAUUUGGUUUUUGGUAAGCUACGUGAAGGGUUUCAGAAGUGUAUGGCGUAUCUGCACCCAGCAGUAAUAGUGUAUUGUAUUGUUAUGCGCUUGUAGUGCUUGUAGCGGUAACUGUUGUAUUGGGGAAGGAGGCAGAAGCCCAGGACGAUGGAGACAUAAACCUGGCGCUUUGAGGCUCAUACAUGGAACAUCGAAACGCAGGGAGCUUUUGGUACA